ACGCUCCCACCUCGUCCCCGCCCCCGUCCCGACGCCAACCACCAGUGCGACUGGUCCAGCACCCUCGCACUCACACGCACGCUGUCCCAGACAAGAUGCCAGCCGAAGCUACCGUUGAGGUUACGCUUCGCUCCUCGGACGGCCUGGACGGCUUCGAGGAGCGCAGGUUCACCAUCCGUCCGCACGCCACGGUGAAUGUCGGGCGCGCCUCGAAGAACACGCAGAAGCCCAACCUCAUGAUGGCCGCGGACAACGCCUUCAUCGACAGUCCCGUCGUCUCCCGCGAGCAUGCCGUGCUUUCCACCGACACGGCUACCCCCACACCCAGCGUUCUGCUCACGGACAGCGGAAGCAUGCACGGCACCAUGGUGAAUGGAGAGAAGCUUGAGCCUCGCAAGCCCCUCAAGCUAAGCAACGGAGACGUCCUGCAGUUUGGCAUCGACGUGACACGGAACGAGAGCUUCUACGUCGCCCGCAAGUACACCUUCGAAUCCCACGUCGCUGACGACCCCUUCUCGCACGGCUUCACCGUUCCCGAAGCCGACUCCUCAGAGGACGACGAGGUCGAGACGGACGAGGCACUCAGUGCCCCGCCUCCACGCUACGGCAGUCAGACCAAUCCCGUGACCAUCGACGACACUGAAGAUAUCACCGAGAAUAUCGCUUCGCCCGAUAUCAUCGAGAUUGAAGAAGAUGGCGUAGAGGUAGUUAUCCAAGACCAGCCUGCUCCGCCCAACGAUGAAACACACGAGCCCCGUCCUUCAUCGUCCCGCGAGACCGGCAUCUACUUCGAGGAGACUACGAACCGCAACGAGCCCGUCUCUACACAAUACGCCUUUGUAGUGGACCACUCCUCCGACGAUGGGGACUACCCCUCGGUAUACUCAAGCGACGAAGAGGAGUCCCAAGGCGAGAGCGAUGCGAGCCAGGUGGGGAGUGAGAGCGACUCUGUCGUAGAGCCAGCCUCCGAUGCCGAGGCCUCAGAUGAGGAAUUUGGCGGCAAUGCCGAUGCCGUCCGACGCCGGAAGAUGGAGGUUAUGCUCCUCAACGAGCAGCAGAAGAGCACGCCCGAGUCAAAACCUCCCAUCCCUGGCCCCUCCACUUCUUCUGUCACAUCUCCGGCCCUCCCUACUCCGCCGAUGGUACCAGCUCCGCAGCGCCAGGAGCCCCUCUCAUUUUUCGGGCAAUCGCCCUCGAAAGCGGCGCCGAGGGCAGCUGAGGCUGAGCUGCCAGCAAUAGACGCCUGUAUGGGCCCGAUGAGUAUGUUCGACGAUACAUUUGGAGACUCUAUCCUCGACUUCAGCAUCCAUGCUCCGCACCGGGAGCAUAACAGUCUUAGGUGGUUCGCUGAUGAAUCGCCACCAACGAAUAUGUUCUCACAUUCCAACGCCGAAUAUUCGCCUGACCUAUUCGGUCGCCCAUCGAGGUCUGCCGCGGGUAGCUCUUUCCAACCCCAGCUGUAUGCAACACCGCAACCCCAGCCUUUCUCGGAUCACACCUGGACACCCCAGAGACACCAUCAGGAGAGCAUGGCAUCUGUCUCCGCGACAGCAACAGGCGUUGAGACCCCAUCGCCGGCGCCAACAUCGGAGGUCUCUUCGGCUCCGCCGCAGCCAGUACGCCGGACCAAGGUCUCCAUACCAGAAAUCGUCGAGGAUGCCCCGCAGCAGCCACCUACACCUACCUCCAUUACCGGCAGUCUGAAGCGUAAAGCCGACGUGCUGGACGAGGAAGAUGCAGUAGAGGAGUGUGCGGCGCCAGCAGAAGCUGAUAUGCCAAUAGCGCCAGCGAUUGAAGUGCGCAGCACCCCAACAGAGGAGCGUCCGAAAAAGCGCAUCCGAGGUAUUGGAGGUGCUAUGACGCAAGCGGCGGCAUACCUCAUCCCAGGUGCUGCUUUAACGGUCGCUGUCAUCACCUCCUUGCCCGAGGGAUUCUGGCUCGCGUAGAGCAUCGUUCUGGGUGCGCCCAGGUGCUGACAGUAUCUCCUUUCUCCUUUUCACCCCGUUUCGUUGCCGAGUCCUUAGCUGCGCGUCAUGACGGCCUUCAAUAGCGGGUGUUAUGUUACUAUCAGUUCACGUGCGACUCCCGAGGGGCACCCAUAGACGAAUAGGGGUCACAUGGUGAUCAGGAGAGAAUCUCGCCUACCUUGAGCCAUCAUUACACGGUUCUUUCCUUUUGG